CCGUGGUAUUCGUCAAGUGCGCCCGUCUGACAGCUUUGAGUCAGAACAUUGCUCCACCGCCUUUCAAGGUGAGUAUUUACCAAUAUGAUCGUCGAGGCUCAAAUGCAAACAAUAGGAAAGAUUCAUUAUCAACAUGUACUAGAAACUAAGUUUUCGUGCCUUAAGCCCGGCGUAAACCAAGUAUUAGAUAUGUGAUCUGUAAGGCCGUUCAGGAUCGCUUAGCACUCCGUUAUCAAUAUGUGGCAAUUUGGACUGGCUGAGUUUCUUUGAUUCAUCAAAUUUACCAAAAUUGAAAGACUACUGGUCUUUUAGUGGUUCACACUAGCAAACAUCUGUAGUCCCUACUCCUUUCUUAGGGAGGGGAGGGUCCGUAUCCGAUUUUCUGGAGAACAAAAGCCUUUGAGUGUUCUGAAAAUCUUGACCGAGUGCCGGUCAUUUGGCAAAAGCGUAAAAUCUAGCUUCGAAGCAUUUACUUUUUAAAAUGAGGAGGCUUGCUAGCGUUUAAUGUUUUACGCUUUACAGUAUAUACUUGAGAUUGAUGUAUUUCAAAUGCUAGUGGUGUAAGCUUUUUUAACUCAGGUUGUCAAAAAGCGAACAAGCUUGAGCUUGAAGAAUGGGUCAUUGUCUGGAGAAUCCAAAGGCACCUCGGGUACCUCAUUCCCUCGAAUACGCUACCCCCUCAUGCACGUAAAAAAAAGGGAAGGGAAUCGAAAACUGAUCCUCAAUUUCAACAUUUUUCGUUUUUCCCAAAGAAUGGUUCUUUAAUUUCUUUUAACGUACCAAGAACCUAAUUAGAUUCCAAGCAUUCCUUUAGGUACUAAGAGCUCGAUAACUUGUGCGGCGUCGCAUUUCAAAUUCUUAAAGAAAAGCUAAGCGACUUGUACUUAUUGUGAAAGUGCUUAUUUUGCUAUUAGAUAUAGAUUCUGCUAAAUCGAAACAUUGUACAGAUUUCCAUUGUUGUAAACAUACCAUGCAGCUAUGCCGGCAGGAUUACAUAAUUAAUCUUUUGUUGCUCACUUAAAAAAAUCCCAUUUGGUUACGUAAUGAGAACUUUUAAAAUAUCAUGUUAAAAAAGGAAUAAAUAAUGAAGAAUUGAGGUAGAUUCAUUUUUACGGCGAAGGCAUUUCGUGACAUUAUAUUUUGGCUUCCACAUUUAAAUUUCGGUUAAUUUCUUCAGCCGCGUAAGGUUCUUCACGAGCGCAUCGUGAAUCAAGUUAAGCAGCAAAGUUUAGAGUCAAAUAUCGAAAUCGUCUCCCUUCAAUAUGCAUCUACACUUUGAUGAGUCUCUAAAGAGGCCAUCGAUGUGUGACGCUUCUACAUAAGAAUAUAAACCGUUUCUUUCUAGGCAAGUCAUGCAUGACACUCGACGGAGGAAGACAAAAUUUUUUUUAAAAGCUGGCUGUUCCUUCGGAAAAAAUAAUUCAUUCAUUCGUAAUUGUUGCCAUUAACCCGAUAAAACUUCUUCUCGAGGGUAGGAGAGGAAACCCUCUUAGAUUCAUGCCUUUAAAACACUAUAAUGUGGCCGAACACUGAUGUAAAACCAAAGAACCAAAGAAUACAGAACUGAAUGUAAUCAAUAGUGCUGUUGCUAUCUAACAAUUUUAAAUGCGGUCAGUGUAAAACGCAGACUGCAGACCAGGGGUAAAAUGCAGACUGAGGGUAAAAAUGCAGACUAAAGACUGCAGACCAGGGGUAAAAUGCAGACUCGGUUCUAAAAUAAACUUCUUCCCCGAAAAAACUUCAGGAGUGAGCUGAAUCGAGGCCGCGUGAGUCAUGAGAGGCUGGCAAUAAUCGUCAUGGUGAUGUUUCGAACUUUAUUUCCUCAGAUGGUUUUGGCGUUGACAUAUUGUUUUAAGGUAAGAACGAGAAGCGUAAAUGUUUGAAUGUGCAGUUCACGGCCAGUUAAAUACAUUUCCCUUGUUAAGGAAUAAAAAGUUCUGCUGAGCAACAUUAGGUAGCUUUAACAUACAUGUAGCUCAUAUACUUUGUUCGGCCUUGAAAGUAAUAGCGAUAGACUUUCAUCACACACCGGUAAUUUCGAUUACUUGGACAAUAAAAACCUGUUUCUCGUACCUUUGUUUUGCGUUGUGAAGUUAGGCGUGUAAAUUAAUUAAAUUAAAUGCAAAUUUGUGAGUGCGAGAUAAGGGUCUGAUUAAAAACCUCCAAACAAUAUCCCUAGGUGUUUGCCUUUCUUAUUCUGCUCGGUGUUUCACCUCAGUAUUAACCCGAGGUGACUCUGCGGCUAUCAUGGUCAACCUAACCUAUGUUGGGCUUAGAUUUAGUUUUUCUGUGACGUGUUUUUAUUCACUGGAAAAAUGGAAGCGUCUUCCUUAAAUUGAAACAAAUUAAGAGCAAAUGAAAGUCUUAAGUUCCUUUUAUGUUUAAUCAUUAAGAGAAACCAGAAAUGUUCAUAAAUUUCAUCUACAGAACUGAGUCUGCAUUCUACCCCUAGUCUGCAGUCUUCAGUCCGCAUUUUACCCUCAGUCUGCAAUCUACCCCUGGUCUACAGUCUCUAGUCCGCAUUUUACCCUCAGUCUGCAUUCUACCCCUGGUCUACAGUCUCUAGUCCGCAUUUUACCCUCAGUCUGCAUUCUACCCCUGGUCUACAGUCUCUAGUCCGCAUUUUACCCUCAGUCUGCAUUCUACCCCUGGUCUACAGUCUGUAGUCCGCAUUUUACCCUCAGUCUGCAUUCUACCCCUGGUCUACAGUCUUUAGUCCGCAUUUUACCCUCAGUCUGCAUUCUACCCCUGGUCUACAGUCUGUAGUCCGCAUUUUACCCUCAGUCUGCAUUCUACCCCUGGUCUACAGUCUCUAGUCCGCAUUUUACCCUCAGUCUGCAUUCUAUCCCUGGUCUACAGUCUUUAGUCUGCAUUUUACCCUCAGUCUGCAUUCUACCCCUGGUCUGCAGUCUUAAGUCGGCAUUUUACCCUCAGUCUGCAUUUCACCCCUGGUCUACAGUCUUUAGUCCGCAUUUUACCCUCAGUCUGCAUUCUACCCCUGGUCUGCAGUCUGUAGUCCGCAUUUUACCCUCAGUCUGCAUUCUACCCCUGGUCUACAGUCUCUAGUCCGCAUUUUACCCUCAGUCUGCAUUCUACCCCUGGUCUACAGUCUUUAGUCCGCAUUUUACCCUCAGUCUGCAUUCUACCCUGGUCUACAGUCUUUAGUCCGCAUUUUACCUCAGUCUGCAUUCUACCCCUGGUCUACAGUCUUUAGUCCGCAUUUUACCGUCAGUCUGCAUUCUACCCCUGGUCUACAGUCUUUAGUCCGCAUUUUACCCUCAGUCUGCAUUCUACCCCUGGUCUACAGUCUCUAGUCCGCAUUUUACCCUCAGUCUGCAUUUCACCCCUGGUCUGCAGUCUUUAGUCCGCAUUUUACCCUCAGUCUGCAUUUUACCCUUAGUCUGCAGUCUUCAGUCCGCAUUUUACCCUCAGUCUGCAUUUCACCCCUGGUCUGCAGUCUUUAGUCCGCAUUUUACCCUCAGUCUGCAUUUUACCCUUAGUCUGCAGUCUUCAGUCUGCAUUUUACCCUCAGUCUGCAUUCUACCCCUGGUCUACAGUCUCUAGUCCGCAUUUUACCCUCAGUCUGCAUUCUACCCCUGGUCUACAGUCUUUAGUCCGCAUUUUACCCUCAGUCUGCAUUCUAUCCCUGGUCUACAGUCUUUAGUCCGCAUUUUACCCUCAGUCUGCAUUCUACCCCUGGUCUGCAGUCUUAAGUCCGCAUUUUACCCUCAGUCUGCAUUCUACCCCUGGUCUACAGUCUCUAGUCCGCAUUUUACCCUCAGUCUGCAUUCUACCCCUGGUCUGCAGUCUUUAGUCCGCAUUUUACCCUCAGUCUGCAUUCUACCCCUGGUCUACAGUCUCUAGUCCGCAUUUUACCCUCAGUCUGCAUUCUACCCCUGGUCUACAGUCUUUAGUCCGCAUUUUACCCUCAGUCUGCAUUCUACCCCUGGUCUACAGUCUUUAGUCCGCAUUUUACCCUCAGUCUGCAUUCUACCCCUGGUCUACAGUCUUUAGUCCGCAUUUUACCCUCAGUCUGCAUUCUACCCCUGGUCUACAGUCUUUAGUCCGCAUUUUACCCUCAGUCUGCAUUCUACCCCUGGUCUACAGUCUCUAGUCCGCAUUUUACCCUCGGUCUGCAUUUCACCCCUGGUCUGCAGUCUUUAGUCCGCAUUUUACCCUCAGUCUACAUUUUACCCUUAGUCUGCAGUCUUCAGUCCGCAUUUUACCCUCAGCCUGUAUUUUACUCCCGGUCUGCAGUCUUCAGUCUGCGUUUUACACUGACUAGUUUUAAAUGGCCCAAUUUCUUUGAAGGAGCCUCUAUGUAACUAUAUUUUGUUGAUGUAUACCUUCUUAGUCCUGCCUGUUGAUAUUAACAAUAGUUUAAAAAGGGAAACCAAAUGGAAAAAGAAGUAUCAAGGGAAUAACUUUUUAGAUGUCGUUGUACGUUUUAAUCUCACCCGACCGAAUUUUUUUUUCAUCACGUUUCGAACAUUUUUACUUAAGCACAUGGUAAAUCAAGUGAAGCAACAAAGUAAUUUUAUCACUUGAUUAUGCGGGACGUUACGAUUUGCUGAGUCUGUAAAGACUGCAAUCGAUCGUUUCUUUGGAAGAAAUAACAAGUCAUGCAUAGCGCAUGACGGAAAAAAGUUGUUUUUUCUUUAAAGCCGUUCCCAUGUAAAAGAAUCAUUUUUAGUUGUUCGUAUUUACAUGGUAAAACUUCAUUUUAGUCCAUUUACAUUAUCAAUAGUUCCAAAGGGGAAUUAACCGAUGUGAAAGGAUAUCUAAAGCGAUUUACUUUACAGCUCUUGUUAAAAUUCAGUCGUCUCACUAGGAUUUUUAGAAACUGUAUAAGAUCCCAAAAUAGGAAAAGGCUCAAGUCUUAGUUGUCCUGAAUUUCAGACAAUUCCGCCUCUUUACGACCGAAUCGUUUCAUUUUCGUAUUGACUCAAAUAUGGUAAACGUUUUAAAUAUGCUUUGAAACCUGGGUUUUAUGUUUUUGUCUCACAGUGACAUAGAAUAAGGAGAAUACGAUGGAUAAUGUGAUAGAAGCCGAUAAAUUAGGUCCACAAGUUCUGGAUGAUCUUUUCAAGUCAAUGCCAUCCACAAAGCGAGGAAUUGCCAUUGGCAUCGCUAAUCAAACAUCUCAUAAGUGGAGUGGAAUGAAUGCAUACUUCAAUUCUGGUAAACCUGGGCCAAAUGCUUUACCUGAAUUCGUGGAAAAAGACGAAGCAGCACUGUUCACUGCAACCAAAACAACUGGCCUGGCAAGAGGAAGUGUAGGCGUGGUUACCUUCUUCAUCCCCCAUGACAACAAGACCGUAGCAGUCAUGUUUAGUGUACCAUUCGACCGUAAUUUGUAUAAGAACUGGUGGGAUGCCAAGAUUUAUCCCAGUAGGAGAGAAGCUGACGAUAGUAUGUGGUCUGACAUGUACUACAAUGAUAAACCUUUCAAAGGGGAUGACGGCUGGCACGAGAAAACUAUAGGUGAAGGUUACCGCGUGAAGGGCAUCAUGACAAGCGAAGGCCAAUGUAAACUUCACGUAAAGAUCUGUAAGUGAACCUUUACAAACUUUCUUGUAAAAUUUUGAAAUUACCGCCUGAAAUUCGUAUUAAUUUUGCUGUUAUUUACAUGAUAGCUUUUUUUCUUGUGAGAUAAACAGUUCAAUAUUCAGUCGCAAAAAUGGUGGCGAGGAAGUGCUUUAGAUAGCAUUGAAGGCUUCAUAGGACAGCAUUUUUUCUGAUAGAAUAAACAUUUUUUCGGUCACAAAGCUGUACAAAUGAUUCAUUUAAAGGCCUCGCAU